AUGGAUGAAGAAUACGACGCAAUCGUCUUGGGUACCGGCCUCAAGGAAUGCAUUCUCAGUGGAAUGCUUUCUGUUUCGGGAAAAAAGGUAUUACACAUUGAUCGUAACAAGUACUACGGUGGAGAAUCUGCGUCAAUUACCCCGUUAGAAGACUUGUUCGCAAAGUUCAACGCACCCCCGCCUGAUGAAACAUACGGCCGAGGCCGCGACUGGAACGUGGACUUGAUCCCUAAAUUUUUGAUGGCCAAUGGAUUAUUGGUGAAACUGCUCAUCCAUACGGGCGUGACCCGCUAUUUAGAAUUCAAGUCUGUGGAGGGUAGCUAUGUCUACAAAGGCGGAAAAAUCUCAAAGGUGCCUGUAGACCAGAAAGAGGCACUAGCGUCAGACCUUAUGGGUAUGUUCGAAAAGAGGCGUUUCCGCAAUUUCCUUAUUUACGUCCAAGAUUUUCAAGAAGAGGAUGCUAAAACUUGGAAAGACUUUGAUCCUAGUACCGCUAAUAUGCAAUCUCUUUAUGAUAAGUUUGGUUUGGAUAGGAACACCCAAGAUUUUACGGGCCAUGCACUGGCUUUAUACCUUAACGAUACUUAUCUUCAGCAGCCAGCGAUACAAACUAUUCGCCGCAUCAAGUUGUAUUCCGACUCUUUAGCUCGGUAUGGUAAGUCUCCAUAUUUAUACCCGAUGUAUGGCUUAGGUGAGUUACCUCAAGGGUUUGCUCGUCUUUCUGCCAUUUAUGGUGGCACCUACAUGUUGGACAAGCCUAUUGAUGAGAUUGUUCUCGGAGAAGGAGGAAGAGUAAUUGGAGUGAAAUCUGGCAAUGAAAUAGCAAAGUGCAAACAAGUCUACUGUGACCCCAGUUAUGUUCCUGAUAGAGUUCGCAAGAAGGGGCAGGUUAUCCGAUGCAUUUGUUUAUUAGACCAUCCAAUCUCUAAUACUAAAGAUGCUCUUUCUACCCAGAUUAUUAUUCCACAGAAACAAGUUGGAAGGCAUUCCGACAUUUACGUGUCUGUUGUGUCAUACACACAUCAAGUUGCAGCUAAAGGAUGGUUCAUUGCUAUGGUUUCCACCACUGUUGAGACAAAUGAUCCAGAAUCUGAGAUUAAACCCGGGUUAGAUCUUUUGGGGCCUGUAAGGCAGAAAUUUGUAUCAGUAACAGAUUAUUAUGAACCAACUGAUGAUGGUAGCCAGAGUCAAAUCUUUAUAUCUGAGUCCUAUGAUGCUACCACUCACUUUGAGACCACAUGCUUGGAUGUGCUUAAGAUCUACAAACGUGGUACUGAUGAAGAUUUUGAUUUCUCCAAAGUGAAAGUAGAGUUGGGAGAAGAAGAACAGUAA